UCGCGGGAGGGCGAGGCUUAGCCCGCCCAACCGGUUGGACUUCCUCGCCUGGGGGCGGUUCUCCUACCCCCACACCCGGAGACCGACUCCUCGGUUUGCAGGCCGGCGCCACCGCGUCUCCUGGACCCAGUGGUGAGAGAGGAAUGGGGUGCUGCCUGCUCCUUGGCCCGGGAACCAGGAGAGACAGACAGACGGUCAGUGAGCACGCAGAAACACUCACAGAAAGAAGCCUGCACCCGGGAGGGAACAUUUAAGGCCAUUUAGGGCUAGUUGAGUCGUAGGAGAGAGAGAGAAGGUAAGGACUCCACCCAGAUAGGGGUCCCGGCUCCCUCGGUUGGGGUUGGACCACCCUGACCGGACCGCAGUAGGCUGGUUCCCUCUUCCUGAGCAGGGGUGAGAGUGGGGAGCACCUUACUGGGGAAGGGGCAGGGCUUUCAGGCUCAUCUGGCCUUUGGGCAGUCCAGGGCUUGGAAAGGGUUUGUGCCUGGACAAAAUCUAUUAAAAAACACAAAAACUGAAAACCUGCUCAUGCCCUGUCCCUCCCCAUGGUGUACAGGACUCCCUGAUAAUAACUGGCCAACUCCCUGCACUGCCAUCCCCCUUAUCCUUGGGCCAAACCAAGCUGUGCCUUUUACAGAAGCCCCAGCCCCGCCAUUCUCUCUCCCAGCAUGCACCUCCAGGGCCUAGGUUUUGAAUGGAGGCAGGUGCAGAAUCUGAAGAAUGUGCUCAGGCCAAGAUGCAGGGUGGUGAGGCCUGGCCAUACCCUCAGGUUUUGUCUCUUGGACCACUAAAUCCUGGAGGACAGUUUGAGGAAGGCAGCUGCCUCCACAGGGAAAACACCCUGGUAAAGCCACACCCCCUAUCAAAGGGAUCUGGCAAUUGUGUCUGGGGUUUGGGGGUUGGGAUGGAGCUCUAGCAGGUAGAGGAAUCUCAGAAAUGGAAGGCUAACUUCAAUGCUUCUGUGCAUUUUUCUGAGGGAGAGGUUUGCCAGAUAUGUGAAGGGGCCAUGACUCCCAAGAGGUUAAAGCAGGCAAGGAUAACUCCUGUGAGUUUUGUCCCUGUCCAGGUAGAUGCUUAGGACCUCAGUGGACUGUUAUGGUCAUAGAGGGACUGGACUUUGUCUCUUAGGGUCUCCAGAAUCCCAUGCUGCAGUUAUCUUCCUGAUAUUUUGGAACUCACACUUGAGAACUCUUCCCCCCCACCUCCCUGCUGCUCAGGCAGGACAGUUAGGCUCUCCUACCCCAACUCCCUAAGGAUGGCACCAGCCUUCCCGCAGGUCCCUGCCUAAUCCCCACCCAGCCUCUGAUCCCUGUCUUAAAAGAGGGCAAGACCUGGAGGCCUUCUCCAGGAUACAUUUCCAAAUGGUUUGGACCAUUUUUUUUCUUUACUCUUCUUCAUGCUCAGAGUGAGUGGUCAGAGGUUAGUUGUAACCCCUACCCCCACUUCUCCCAAUCCUGGUGAAUUCAUCGGGAGUGAGGAGGAGGAGAAAAGGCCUUGGCAAAAACCACAAAUGGAGUUUUUGAAAGGAAAGACUCAGAAUGCAAUGCUUGGCAUUUUCUAGUAGCUCCAGUUGUGAGUGUGGAACUGAAGGUGGAGGGAUAAGGAUUCAGUCCUGACUCUGUCAUUUAUAUGUGAGCCUUCUCUCGGUGCUUCAGAGUACUCAGCUGCAAAAUAGGGAUUAUUUAUACUAUCUUCUUCAGGCCUGUUGUGAGGAUGGAAAGAGCUAAUAUAGCUGAAAUGAUUAGAACAGUGAUUACUCUUAUCAUGUGGGGUCCCCAGAUUUCCAGAUAGGGUUUCUCUUUGCCCUCUUGGGAAAUCAUGGAUGAAGCAGGGUGAGAACAGUCCAGGAACGUGGGCCCUGAGCCUUUUGCUUCUGAAGGCAGGUGGGCAACCUCUCUGAGAGGCCCCAGGACCCACCUAGAUCCCAGAAGGGGCAGGAGGUUUGUGGAGGAUUGCCUUAUGGAGAGUUAAGGCACUGUUGGGUGUUGAGGCAUCCCUGCAGGCCAGGGAAGGCCAGAGCCUUGGAAGGGGCACUGGUCUAGUGUCUGACAAGACCACUGGUUACCCUAUCAGUGUGAGAGAAAAGGCACUGUGGCCUGUUGAGGACUUCUAAAGGAAUGUUGUAUAGAUUAAAUGAGAAAUGGGCUUGUAAUGAAAGCAGAUUUCAGGAUAGUAAUGGUGAAGGAAAAACCCAUACCAUCUCUGCUAGGGGAAAGAGAGGUAUGCCUGGGCUUUCGUUGCUUAGAUGUUGGGGAAUUGCCCCUCCACAGGAAAAUGGACCCUUCCAGUUGGUGGCUUGAGGCAGGCGCCAGCCCUGAGCUUGAGGAGGUCCUCAGGCCUCCAGUACUGACUGCCCUGGGUCCUCUAGCUCUGGGAUGGGCAAGUGGUGGGUGUAGGAACAUGGGCUGCUCAGGCAGUUGUCUGAAGCUCAGGGUGGGAAAGCCACUGGGCUUGGGCCUAUAGGAACUUGGGGCUGACAGGUGUAGAUGCAAGAGACACUGCAGGGCUGUCUGGCUCCAAGGACCUAAGGAGCAGGGGUCAGAAAGCAUCCAGUUUCCUGUCCCAGGCUCCUGGCCCUUGGCUCUGGGAGGCACAGAGAGAAGGGGCGCUUGUCCAGAUCAGAGUUCCGCAAGCUUCAGGUUCUCCCUGCAGGAGAAAAUGUUCUGUGGUCCCCACUGCAGGCGAGCAUGCCAGGGACUCCCUCUACGGAGUGAGAGAGGGGUUGGGGGAAGUGAAUGAGGCGUGGCACUGGGAAGUCGGACCCCUGGGCGCCUGAGAUCAAGUGGAUCUUGGUCCUAGAGGGGCACACUCUGAGGUGCUUCUGCGCUUCGGGUUCCCAGAUGGGCGUUGGCAGCUGCCAGGGACAAGACAGGGACCAACCCCACAAAUCCCCUUACCCCGUGAUCCCCGCCUUGGAGACCCAGCCGCGCGGGAACUUCGAUGUCCACGUCCGAGACACGGCUUGGAAGAUAAACAAGGGCCCUAGAUUAAUAUCCACGACAGCUGGGCAACGCUUAUUGUUUAAAAGGAAGCUCCCUUUGUUCUUGCGUUUUACCUAAGUGAGAGGCAAAACCAGUUUUUUUCCUGAUCAAAAUUUUGCUGGCACCGAAGAGCCAAACCAGCUUCUGGAAACCUCUGCCCCUUCCUUUGGGCCGGGACGAGUGCUCGCCGCUCGGAGGCCCCGCAUCUGUCUGAUAUAGAUACCCAGGGCCGCAGACCACCGCACCCAAGCGGGGUCCGAAGGCCAUGGAGGCAUUCCCCACCCCCUGCCGUCGCUCUCUGGAGCGGGGUUUUCUUGGGAAGCGUAGCGGCUCCAGCGGAUCAACGCGUCUGGGGACCCAAGCCCGGCUUCCGAUUCCAUUUAACACAAGCCGCGCAUCUUAUCUCCGCGUCUCCUCCCCGGGGGUUCCCACCCAUCCCCGGCCCGGCCCAGCCCGGGCGGAAGCGGAGCCUCGAGCUUUUGAAGUCCAGAGAAUUUCAAUCCGAGAGGAGCCGGCUGGACCUAAACCCGUCUUCCCAGCGGGGGAGGGGACAGCAGGCCCGUGGUUGUGGGGGAAGGGGGUCUUCCCUGCCGAGGGAGGUGAGAAGCAGUGCGAGCCCAGGCCGGACCCCACUUAGGCUAUCACCCCCUCUCGGCUUUCAUGGGGUUUCCCAGGCCUCUGGGGGCCGCGGACUUCACUCCCUCUGCGAAUUCACCUUCCUUCUGGAACAGUGUCUUCGGGAAUAACCUUCAUGAUACACUGAUAACCAAGCUAUUAAAAUAGCCCUUCCCCCUAUAUAAAAAAAAAAAAAAGGCUAAACAGAAAUAGUGUUCUUAUUCAGUGCCCCGCCCCCCAGCCCAUUUUCUUCUUGUAAAAAAUCCGACCUCUCUUCAUCUGAUGUUGACGAAAGGAUGCUUUUGAAAGAAGUGACAUUUGGUUAAAAAUUUUUGUUUUUUCCCCCCAGUGUCAGAGGGUGCAAUAGGCCCCCAGAGACCGGGGGGCGGGGGCGGGGGGAGUUGAGGCUGCUUUGAAAGGGCGGAGGCAGAAGCCGGGAGAGGGAUGGGGCGGAGGGGGCGUCCCUGAAGCUUCAGAUCCGAAGCCCAGAGGAGGCAGCCCCCCUCCCGGAGAGGCUGAGCCCCCGCUAGAGCCUCCUUCCUCCCUGAGACGGCAAGGGAAGCCCCGCUUGGGUGGGCCGGACCCAGGAAGGAGACGCAAGUGGUACCUCUUGAUCUCUCAAUCCUACUCGGCUUUCAUCUGGCAGGGAAAACCCCAGAGGAAAAGAGGAUCAAACGCGGAGCACUCCCAUUGAAUGCAGAGCUGGGGGCGGGGCGGGCAGCCGGGAGUCCCUCUGCGAACCUGGCCCCAAGGAGCGAGGCCCACACCUGGCGCAUCACUGCCGAGCCAUUAGCUGCGGGUCUCCUUUCAUCUUCGCUGUGGCAGACGUUUCUAUUUAUCCACUUGCGCUCGCCCAGUGGCGUCACCAGCGGUACUGUAAUGACGAUUGCAGCAGGAGGAUGACAGCUUAGAAAGAAGAGGGCAAUGGGGCUUCCUCCCAGAGGCGGCGCGGCACAGAGGAGCGCUCGCAUCACAAGGUGACCCCAGCUCCCCACCGCCGCCACCGCCGUCACCGUCGACAUCGCGCUCCGGCCGCUCGGCGUCCGCCCAGUCGCCUGGUCUCUCUUUCUCCCUCCCGCAGCCAAGAUCUGUCGGACCGCUGGGGACCCGGGGAGACGGGGGCUAGGAGUCACUUGGGGCUUCCUCCCUCCCCCCUCCGGCGAGCCCCGGGAUGGAGAGCCGAAAGGACAUGGUUAUGUUUCUGGAUGCGGGUCAGCUUGGUACUCUGGUUGGCAAGAGGGUCUCCAAUUUGUCCGAAGCCGUGGGCAGCCCGCUGCCUGAGCCGCCCGAGAAGAUGGUGCCCCGUGGUUGCCUGAGCCCGCGGGCCGGCCCUCCGGGCGCCCGGGAGCGCGGCGGGGGAGGCCUGGAGGAGGAGCCGGUCGACGGACUAGCAGGCAGCGCUGCGGGGCCGGGCGCCGAGCCGCGGGCAGCCGGGGCUGCGGUGCUCGGCCCCGGACCUCCGGCCCCCUCCGCCGACAGCCUCUCGGGUCAGGGGCAACCUAGCAGCUCAGACACAGAGUCGGAUUUCUAUGAAGAAAUCGAGGUGAGCUGCACCCCGGACUGCGCCACGGGGAACGCCGAGUACCAGCACAGCAAAGGGCCCAGCUCAGAGGCACUGGCCAGCAGUCCCAGCAGCGGCAGCGAGGCCCCCAAGAGCAACAGUAACGGCAGCUCACAGGGCGCCCUGGCCUGCAGCGCCAGCGACCAGAUGCGCCGCUACCGCACAGCCUUCACCCGGGAGCAGAUUGCCCGGCUGGAGAAGGAGUUCUACAGGGAGAACUAUGUGUCCAGGCCGCGGAGAUGUGAGCUGGCCGCCGCCCUAAACCUGCCGGAAACCACCAUCAAGGUGUGGUUCCAGAACCGGCGCAUGAAGGACAAACGGCAGCGGCUGGCCAUGACGUGGCCGCACCCGGCCGACCCCGCCUUCUACACGUACAUGAUGAGCCACGCGGCGGCCGCGGGCGGCCUGCCCUACCCCUUCCCGUCGCACCUGCCCCUGCCCUACUACUCGCCGGUGGGCCUGGGCGCCGCGUCCGCCGCGUCCGCCGCCGCCUCGCCCUUCAGCGGCCCGCUGCGCCCGCUCGACACCUUCCGCGUGCUCUCGCAGCCCUACCCGCGGCCCGAACUGCUGUGCGCCUUCCGCCACCCGCCGCUCUACCCCGGCCCGGCUCACGGACUGGGCGCGGCGGCCGGCGGCCCCUGCUCCUGCCUCGCCUGCCACAGCGGCCCGGCCAACGGGCUGGCGCCCCGCGCCGCCGCCGCCGCCGCCUCGGACUUCACCUGUGCCUCCACGUCCCGCUCGGACUCCUUCCUCUCCUUCGCGCCCUCGGUGCUCAGCAAGGCCUCCUCCGUCGCGCUGGACCAGAGGGAGGAGGUGCCCCUCACCAGAUAAGGGGCCGCCCGCGGGCUGCCGGCUCCAGGACGCCCGUGGGGGGCCCCUCCCGCGGGGACUCAGCCAGCGCCCCUCCCCGCCCCCAGGGCACCGAGGGGAAAGAAGAGGGCCGAAAAGGACCGGGGGGACUCGGCCUCGCGGAUCGCGACGCCCGGGAAGCGGCCAGGGCUGGCGCGUUUGGGGAUCAGGCGUGGGGGUGGGGACGCCGAGGCUGAGAGACCUUCCUCAGGGGCGGCCCCUCUUUGCCGUUUUUCACCGGACCCAUUGCCCCUGACCGGGGUCGACGCCGUGGUUCCAAAGCCAAACAAAUCUAGUAGCAACAGCAACCGAUAUCCAGCCCCUCAGUCCCUCGUCCCACCCCCACCUCACACCCCUGCCUCAAUCGGGACCCCCCACUCCCAUCCCCAAGGCCAAGCCCAAGCACUGGAAAGGAAAUUGCUGGCUCUCUGAACAAAAUGCUGUGUAUGCAGAGCAGAUAGAGAUUAAUCUUUGCCAGCCUUUCCAAGGCAUGGCAAGGGGCUUGGUGGAUGGCAAUGCACCAGCCGUCUAUGGGGAGAGAGUGAGAGAGGUGAUUUACUGUGGCAGAGGACCCUGGCCCUCCCAUGGAACCGAGGGGCUCUCUUGCCUUCCUGGAGCCUCAGUUACACAUUUUCUGGUUCUGGCAUCUACCAACACCUGAUCUCUUUACUCUCUCCUAGCUUCCUGAUAGCUCUCAACUUGUAACUCCGUCUCUACUCCUAUUUCCAUCCCACCCCCACUUUUUGUUUAACCUUGGCAGAGAGGCUGCAGAAGCCUCAGGGCCUCUUGGCAGCUUCUACCAAGUCUCUCUUCUCCCUGGGCCCAGUACACACCCUGAUUAGCAAGUGAUGUGUGUGAAGAGGGUUUUUGAAUGUUGAAUGUAUAAUAAUGAUCACCAUGCGGUGGGCCACGGAGCCCAGAGUUGAGCUGUUAACAAGGCGCCCAGGGAAGAGCUUAGGGAGCAGGGACCUCGUCUCCCUCCCUCAGUAACUGCCAGCGAAUUAGAGGCUAUUUCAAGCCUUUGCCUGUUCACCUUCUCUUCACCAAGAGCCUUCUGGCUUUCCCUUUGCAGUUAACAUUUUACAUCCUUCUUCCUCUCAUUUUUCUCCCAAGCUACCACUGGGGCUUGGCUUUCAGAUACUAGCAGGAGCCUUUGGCCCCUUCUGGGGACCUUGUCUUUCCCCUUCACCGGAGUUUGUUUGGGAACCACUCCCAAGCUCUCACUCUCACACUCAUUCUUGCAGCCAGUUUUUGAGGGAUAGGAGAAAGUCUACUCCUCCAUAACAAGCUUCACCCUGACUGGGAGGGAGUGGUUCUUCCUGUAGGGAAUGAAUUUGGUUUGGUUUUCCUUUGAAGCCUAAAGAAUUUGCUGUUACAGUUUGUUAACCAUACUGCAAUAAAAGCUGGACAUAAUUCUCACUUAAACAUUUUAAUGUUUUGGGAAGCAGGCAGUGCAUUGACUCUUUUUGAAUUGCUAGUUCAGUCACCAUCCUAAGCUUCGUUAGAGAAGGAACCAAAAGAUGGACCCACAGAUGGUCUCCCAAUCUUGUGUUGGGCAUUAGCAGGUUCCAAAUGGAGAUUGCCCAGAAGUGGAGAACGCAGGCUCUGAGCUGCCGUGAGGUGCAUGUUUUCUUAAUUCUGUGCACAAUAGAGGCCUUCCUCUGCAAACUGGCCCACCUGGGGCUCACCCCUGCAAUGGUUUCUUCUCCAGUUGCUCCAACCCUUUGAGGAAAGGGGACCAUGGACCACUGUGGUCUCCAUGGAUCCUGCUUCCACCCCAACCCCAGGUGGAGGUGAAUGAGGCAGUAGGGGUGGAGCUC